GCGCACUAAGUAAGGUAACCUUGGCAAAUUUUGUUUAGCGUUCGGACCAAAUCCUGAGAAGGGAAUUUGAAUCUUUCCGCUCGAUUUUUGUCGAAUUUUUGAGCCUCAUUUGGUAACAUGUGAGUAAGUUCAGCGAGGUAAAUCGCUUGGAAAUGGCUCUGGCUGUGACUAAUUUGUCGAAGCUUCAACACGAACUCUACCGUGAGAAGCAUGACUUCCACAAGUUGUCUAGAAAUGUCCAAUCGUCUAUGGUUUAUGAUCCCACGUACAAUCGCCGCAUAACAACCUACCCUGAUAGAUAUUCACGCCACCUUGAACAAGCUGAAGUUCAUGUCAAAUGUCCCUGGGGUCGUGCACGCAGCUAUGCUGGUGAAGCUCCAGUGUGUCUUCCUGAAAGUUUUCGGCCAAAGUGGGAACCACCCUUCCUCCUACAGAAAGGACACAGGCACUUUGGCAGUGGAGUUGAUCCACAUCCCAGAGGUCUUCCAUUGCAACAGUUCUACGACCUGACGCAGCUUAAACGGAGUAAAGUGAGGUGGAACGAUGAAUUGUUGCCAAGGCCCACAACGGCUGCCGUGCAAGAAGGUCAAAUCUAUCUUCCUUUUCCAAAGGAGUCUUCCCUCAGUUCACACAUGUCCCGUCAGGCCAUGUUCCCCAGUCCAGCGCCAGCUGAACGCAAAUAUCAAGGCAAGAUCACGUCACCCACCCCUCCCCCAAUAAUUGUGAACAAAGCCAUGGGUAGCUUUGCACGUCGGGAAGUGGUAACACCAGUGUUCAACUCCAGGACCUCCCCUCCACUACAGCAUCAAGUGCAACCUGUAGCAGUGGCGAACAAUUGGUUUUCAAAACACGAUGUCAUCAACCAGUUUAACAGGCUCCACCCAAGUAAGACCCCAACAAUUCGACUCAACAUUCAAAGGCUACGACGCGCAGACUGGAAACUAGUUGAUUGACAACGGCUAAACCAGUCAGUCGAGAACGGCAGCUACCACUCAAGAAUGGCCAGUGAAUCACAACAUAAGUUGUACUUCGAUUAUGGAGUUAGUUGAAGAGAGGUUUUUAGUCGUUUUUGUGCGUAGAAUAGGUUUACUUUUUAAUUUUUUACAUGUCAAAGAGUGGAUAACAGAGUUGAUUACUUCUGUAACCUUGUAAGAUUUUCACAUUUAUUUUGGAAGAAUGGUUUUUCAUAGACAAUUAGGAACGGACUGAUUGUGUUUUAAGUCUCGUCCAGACUUAUUUGAUUCCUUUGGAUUUCCACUGUAUAUUAAUAAUAAUAAUAAUAAUAAUAAUAAUAAUAUAGCAUUUGUAGUGCGCAAAUGCCAUGUGGAUAUGCUCAAAUGCGCAUAUCUUAAAAUGAGUCAUUCUGGCUUUUUA